AUGGCAGAGAGCAAGUGUCCAGCCACGCGCCUGAUGAACACUGGCGGCGGUGGCACCAAGAACCGCGACUGGUGGCCCGAUGCUUUGAAGCUCAACAUUCUUCGCCAGCACACUCCCGUCACGAACCCAUUGGGUCAGGAGUUCGAUUAUGUGGCCGCUUUCAAGACCCUCGACUACGAGGGCGUCAAGAAGGACCUCACAGCUCUGAUGACGGACUCCCAGGACUGGUGGCCCGCUGACUUCGGUCACUACGGCGGUCUCUUUAUUCGUAUGGCUUGGCACAGUGCUGGUACUUACCGUGUCCACGAUGGUCGUGGAGGUGGUGGCGAGGGUCAGCAACGAUUUGCCCCUCUCAACAGCUGGCCCGACAACGUUAGUCUCGACAAGGCUCGUCGCCUUCUGUGGCCCAUUAAGCAAAAGUAUGGCAACAAAAUUUCAUGGGCUGAUCUCAUGAUCUUGGCUGGAAACGUCGCCCUUGAGUCCAUGGGCUUCCAGACUGCUGGUUUCUCCGGUGGUCGCCCAGACACUUGGGAGGCAGAUGAGUCCGUUUACUGGGGAGGCGAAAACACAUGGUUGGGCAACGAUGUCCGUUACGCCCACGGCCACGAGGGCAAGGCCGACUCGGGAGUCCUUGACGGUUCUCAGGACACCAAGUCCGACAUCCACACCCGUGAGCUGGAGUCGCCACUCGGCGCCGCCCACAUGGGUCUCAUUUACGUGAACCCUGAGGGUCCCGAUGGCAACCCCGAUCCCGUUGCUGCUGCUAGAGAUAUCCGUGUCACCUUCGGUCGCAUGGCCAUGAACGACGAGGAGACCGUUGCCCUCAUUGCCGGUGGUCACUCUUUCGGAAAGACUCACGGUGCCGCCCCUGACAGCAACGUCGAGGCGGAGCCCGAAGGCGCCCCGAUUGAACAGCAGGGCUUGGGUUGGAAGAACAAGCACGGCUCCGGCAAGGGACCUGACACUAUCACCUCCGGUCUCGAGGUUACCUGGACUGCCACUCCUACCAAGUGGAGCAACAAGUACUUCGAGUACCUCUUCCAGUUCGACUGGGAGCUCACCAAGAGUCCCGCGGGUGCCAACCAGUGGGUUGCGAAGAACGCUGAGCCCAUCAUUCCCGACGCCUUCGACCCCAACAAGAAGCACCUGCCUACCAUGUUGACGACCGAUCUGUCGAUGCGCUUCGACCCCGAGUACGAGAAGAUCUCUCGCCGCUUCCUCGAGAACCCCGACCAGUUCGCCGACGCGUUUGCAAAGGCCUGGUUCAAGCUUACCCACCGCGACAUGGGUCCCCGUUCCCGCUACGUCGGUCCCGAGGUUCCCAAGGAGGAGUUCAUCUGGCAAGACCCCGUCCCCGAGGUCAACCACCCGGUCAUCGACAACGGUGACGUCGCCGCCCUGAAGAAGGAGAUCCUCGGCACCGGCGUUGACCCGUCCAAGUUCAUCUCAACUGCUUGGGCAUCUGCCUCCACCUUCCGUGGUAGCGACAAGCGUGGCGGAGCCAACGGCGCCCGCAUCCGCCUCGCACCGCAGAAGGACUGGGAGGUCAACAACCCUUCCCAGCUCAAAGAGGUUCUGCAGACCCUCGAGCAAGUCCAGCAGAAGUUCAACAGCUCCGCCUCUGGCGGCAAGAAGGUGUCACUGGCUGAUCUGAUUGUCCUCGCCGGUGUCGCUGGUGUCGAGCAGGCCGCUCGCAACGCAGGUCACGACAUCAACGUCCCCUUCACCCCUGGCCGCACCGACGCGUCUCAGGAGCAGACCGACGUUGAGUCUGUUGGUCACCUCCAGCCCUACGCCGAUGGCUUCCGCAACUACGGCAAGUCAACGAAGCGCGUCAAGGCCGAGAACUACUUGGUCGACAGGGCACAGCUUCUCACCCUUUCCUCGCCCGAGCUCACUGCCUUGGUCGGUGGUCUGCGCGUGCUGAACACCAACUACGACGGCUCCAAGCACGGUGUUCUCACCAACCGACCCGGUGCUCUGACCAACGACUUCUUCGUCAACCUGCUCGACAUGAACACCGAGUGGAAGGCCACCAGCAACCCCGAUGUCUACGAGGGCAAUGACCGCAAGUCCGGCUCUAAGAAGUGGACUGCUACCCGUGUAGACCUCAUCUUUGGUGCUCAGGCUGAGCUGCGCGCUGUUGCGGAAAUUUACGGUCAAGCUGAUGGCGGCCAGAAGUUCGCCCAGGACUUCGUAAAGGCCUGGGAUAAGGUCAUGAACCUGGAUCGCUUCGAUGUCAAGAAGGGCUCCAACUUGCCAAGCCGUCUCUAG